AAUUUAAUUUUGAACCCAGUGUCUAUGUAAUAUAAUAGCAUAAUAUAUAAUAAAUAUAUAUACAAUUUUUUACAAUAGAAAUAUAAUACUAACAUGUUGAUCUCUAAUAUAUUAACUGCAAUUCAUUCUCUGGUUUUUAUAGUAUCUGUUAUUCUACUAAGAGAUGUACAUUCAUCAAGAGUAUUGGAACUUAGUGAUGGGUUCAUCGAAAUGAAAAAUGAUGGGCAUUGGUUUAUAAUGUUUUAUGCUCCUUGGUGUGGCCAUUGUAAGAGAUUAGAACCUAUUUGGCGUCAUGUUGCUCAAGCAUUACACAACUCUGAUAUAAGAGUUGGAAAAAUAGAUUGUACUAGAUAUAAAAGAGUAGUUUCAGAGUUUGGAUUGUCAGGGUAUCCUACAAUAAUGUUCUUUAGAGAUAGAGGAGGUGAAUUUAAAUUUAAUAGUGAACGAUCUACAGAAGAAAUGGUUCAUUUUGCAAAACGAUUGGCUCGUCCUCCCGUUCAAGAGGUUACUGAUAGUAAAGACAUUGAAAUGCUCAAACAAACUAAUAAAAACUUUUUUAUGUUUAUUGGAAAAAGUGUUGGCCAUACUUGGGAUCUCUUUUAUGAUUUGGCAAAACAGUAUCAAGCACAUUCUUAUUUUUAUAUUACUCCUGAAAUAAUUGGAAAACAGCAUUUUGUUUUUGGAGAAACUCCUGCGGUUGUUGUGUACAAAGAGGAACAACACUACUCUUUCAAUGCUGAAGAAUGGGAUAUGGACUUCAAUUCAAGCUUAACUCAAUGGAUAAACACGGAGAGAUUUGAAACUUUUGUAAAAGUAACUCGAUCAAAUAUUCACCAUAUGUUGGAGACUAACAAGUACUUAGUCUUAGCAUUAGUGGAAGAGAAUAAAAUUGAAAAGUUACCUCCACAUCAUUCAGAGUUUCUUCAAAUGGUAGAAUCAGUUAUUGUUAAGAAUAGAGAACGUUUUCAUAGGGAUUUUCAAUUUGGAUGGAUUGGUUCACCAGAAUUUGCCAAUUCUAUUAUUUCAUCAGAUGUAACCUUGCCAUCAUUAAUCAUUUAUAAUUCAUCUACUAGACAUCAUCAUUUUCCAGAAGAAAAACCACAUGAACUAUCACCAGAAUCAAUUACUUUAUUUCUAGAAGCUGUUAGAAAUCAAUCAGUAAAGGCUUAUGGAGGAAAUGGUGUAUUUAUACAAAUGUAUAGAAUGUAUUAUGAAACAAAGAAGUCUUUAGUAAACAUUUGGGUCAGCAAUCCUGCAGUUGCUAGUGUUUUAUUUGGAUUACCUAUAGGCUUCCUGCUAUUAAUAUGCUAUUCUACAUGUUGCACAGACAUCAUGGAUGCUAGUGAUGAUGAUGAAGAUGAUGUACACCAUGAGAAGAAAGAAUAAGAUACUCAUUCAAAUAUUCAAAAACAUUAAUUUAUUAACAGCUGUUAAGAUGUUGGAAAAAAUAUUUUAAAAUAAUAAAA